AUGCCCGCCAUCGUGUCUGACGGCCCCUAUCAUCAACAUCAACCUGCCAGUGCCAGUCCCUCGAACUCGUUCGAUAUCGCUUCUCGCAAAUCCAUCGAAAAGACCUCUGUGGGCAACACCUUUCUCUACACACCGGGGGCCAAUGGCGAUGUGGGCCGCCUGGAACCCCAUAGUUUUCAUCAUCAGCAACAACCGGAUCACAAGCAGUUUCUCACGAGUCUGAAGAAUGGCAGUGUUCCGUCGUUGAACGGAGGGCGAUCUAGCAUCGGUUCAUUUAGUCGUGACCGACCUUAUUCCAGAACAGACAGCACGCCGUCGUUGAACAGCGUGUCCCUGCGGGAGGGCCGGGAUUAUCAGCAGUACGCGUACCAACAGCAGCAACCGCCAUAUAAUCGUCGAGGAUCAGCGAUGGUUGAUGGGAAUGCACAGUUGGGGUCUGAGCUGGAGCUGCCGCCUCACGCUAAUGGUAAUUCAUCGAUUCGGUCACGAUCACCGACUUCGAAGCCUGUCGUUCCCAAUGGCGAUACCCACCGAUUAUCGUCCAGCGACGAUCGGGCUUCUUACAUGGAUCCUAACCAGUCUAUAAGAAGUUAUACACCAACUCCGCUGUCGACGUCGCUUCCGGACGACGCCAACCAUCUUCCUCCUGAACCCGACCGCCUUGCGCCUCCGAACAAGCGCUCUCAGCAUAGAUAUUCAUCUCCACCCGCCCCGCUAAGCUACGACUCGCCUUCGUCGCCCUCCUCUCCCAGUCAGUACUCUCAUAGACAUACUCUUCAAGUGCCACGAUCCACGUCCCGCAGGAGCCGUGAGCUUUCGCUCGACGAGGCCCGAACGUACAAUGCCGGCCGCCCGGAACAUCACCGCCGGGCUUCGCUGAACCUGGUUCGUCGAGCAACUCGAACAAGUGUACACGAUAUUCCGGCAGAUGAAGCGUUGACAGACGACGAUGCCGCCCGCUGGGCGGAAGCGAUCAAACAGAAACGAGCCCGAAAGAAGCGUCGCGAGGAGGAAGACGACGACCGUGUUAUUGUGGGUACCAAGGUUGAUCAAAACCAUCAGAACUGGGUGACGGCAUACAAUAUGUUGACUGGCAUCCGAUUUGUGGUGUCGAGAAUCAAUGCCAAGAUGGAUCGUGAACUUACACCGGCCGACUUUAACGCGAAGCACAAGUUCUCAUUCGAUAUUACCGGCAACGAGUUGACGCCGUCCGCCAAAUAUGAUUUCAAAUUCAAGGACUACGCUCCCUGGGUCUUUCGGAGCUUGCGUGCCAAGUUCAAGUUGGAUCCGGCGGAUUAUCUCAUGUCCCUGACCAGUAAAUAUAUAUUGUCAGAGUUGGGCUCGCCGGGAAAGAGUGGCAGCUUCUUUUAUUUCUCACGCGAUUAUAAAUACAUCAUCAAGACGAUCCACCACUCGGAACACAAACUGCUGCGCAAGAUACUGCCGGAUUACUACAAACAUAUCGAAAGCAACCCUAAUACAUUGAUAUCGCAGUUUUACGGAUUGCAUCGUGUCAAGAUGGCAUAUGGUCGCAAGAUUCACUUUGUCGUGAUGAACAAUCUGUUCCCGCCGCAUCGCGAUAUCCACCAGACGUUUGAUCUCAAGGGCUCGACUGUUGGGCGUGACUUGCGGGAGGAGAACCUCGAGAAGAAUCCUCGCGCCACAAUGAAGGAUCUCAAUUGGUUAAGACGUGGCCGUCAUCUGGAGCAGGGCCCGAUGAAGAAAGAAGUGUUUAUGGCUCAGCUGCGACGCGAUGUUCGAUUACUCCAGAGACUGAAGAUUAUGGAUUAUUCGUUGUUGGUUGGUAUACAUGAUCUUGGUCGUGGAAAUGAGGAGAAACUCCGUGAUAAGACGCUGCAGGUUUUUCAACCAGGAGGCGACCGAGACGACGACCCUAGUACCUUGUUGAUGCGGACGCCGUCGAAAUUAGAGAAUGCCCGCAAAGCUCGGGAGUUGCGCCUGACGCUGAAACGAGAGCGCCCAGUACCUAUACAGCAAACGGCAGCAAAGAUGCCAGAUGAAAUACUGGAUGAAAGGAAAAAUAUGGUGUUUUAUUCCGAUGAUGGCGGUUUCCGGGCGACGCAUGAGAAUGGGCAGCCGGGCGAGGAGAUUUAUUAUCUCGGUAUCAUUGAUUGUUUGACAUCGUAUGGCUUUGUCAAAAAAGCAGAACAUUUCUGGAAAGGCCUGUCGAACAGUACAACACAAAUAUCUCCAAUUCCUCCCGAGCCAUACGGAGAACGUUUCAUCAACUUCAUGGAAGGCAUCACGAUGUCCAGAGAAGAGGCAGAGCGACUGGAACAGGCUCGCGCCAAUGGACAGACGACCGAAGAAAAGGUCAAAAACACGGAAGGAAUACGCCCUGAGUCGGUGGGAAGGACAAUGGAAGCAGCCGAGGACAUGACUCGAAACACAGGCCCCGAACCACAUACGCGGACAUUAUCUACGAUCCGGGAUCCACAAGAUGUGAAUAGCAUCAGCGGACCGAACACGUUACCGAUUGUCGAUGAGGCCGGCGAAGCUGCCAGUCAAAGGAGCGGACACACCCCUCGCAGGACUCGAUCAGAGUUUUCCGACCGCAUCAUCGAAAAGGCUCGAGACGGGUCUCCGAACCCAUUGCCGGAGAGCUCUGGCCUGAAUAAUUAG